AUGGAUGUUGACGAAAUUCCCGCCACAACUGAAGCUGGCUCAGUUCGCAGACGUAAAACUUGUUUGCCUGGUAUCAUGGGAACCACAUGUCGCCGAUUUGAGAAGCAGGCAGUGCAAUGCACAUACAAUAGGCCCGUCAAAAGACGAGGACCUCCAGUACGCCGCGCUCGGCGAGAAACUGACGCAGAGCCCCCAAAGCCCGUUGACAGUUCAACGAAUAUUCCUCCUCCAGCUGUUGAGCCCUCCGUGGUGGCCCUCAGUGAGCCUUCUGUGGCAUCAAAGAGCCCAAAUUCCAACGAUGACGCCAUUCUCCCCUCUCCAUUUCCGUCCGAUCUAUAUGCAAGUGAUGAUGAUUUUCUUAAUCCUGAAGUGAUCGAAACUUUGAUGCAAGUUUUCUAUCAUAAUAUCUACCCGAUGGUACCAUACUUCCACUGGCCGACAUUCUUCGACAGAGUUAAUCAUCAAAUGUAUCGAUCUGACUGGGGGACAUUCGUUGCCUCCAUGUCUAUUUGUGCUUUGACUAUUGGGCAGCUAGAUAGUGGUAUUCCAGUGCCUCCAGGUCUCCAUGGUAUUCAGCCACAGGCUGCGACUUUAUCCUCCCAAUGCUACACCAUGGCAGUAAAGGCGAUGCCAAGUGACAUUUCAAAUGCUACAGACUACUGUGAAGCAAUGAAGGCGAGUGCAAUCCUGGCUUCUGUAUGUCUACAGAACGAGGAUAUGAAAAAGACUGUUGCACAUCUGGGAGACUAUUCGUCUCUCUCGGUCAUGCAUGGUUUCUAUUCUGAGGCGAACUGGCCUCUCGGUCUCUCAGAGAUUGAGAAAGAGGAGAGGAGAAGACUGUUUUGGGGCGUCUACCAGCAGCAACAGUACAUCUCUACCAAUUUCGGCUUGCCAUCCCGGCAGUGCGAGGCAAAGACGACAGUGCUAUAUCCAGCCGAGGUCUUCGAUGAUGAAGAUAUCACAGCUAUGUGCACUCGAACAAACCCCGACCGUGUCUCUUUUCUGCGUGCCUGUAAUUACUACGCAGACUUGUACCGUCUCUCUGAAAACAUUAACAGCAUGAUGAGGGCUUGGCAGCAGGUCUCACGGGAGGAACCUGCUGGCCUUCUUAACUCCUUUCUUUCUGGCGGUCAUGCUUCGAAACAUUUUACUUUCGAAAUUCUUAACUUGAUCUCGAAACUGCAUGAGUAA